UUACGCAAAUCAGGCGGAGCAAAGGGCUGGGCUGGGCUCCGGAAGUCUGGGCGGAGCCUAGCUGUGCACUCCAAGACUGGCGACGUUGUUCUUCUAGCCGUUCUCCGCAGUCCCUGCCGGAAGUGUAGGAAGAAGCAGACAGAUUUGAACAUCUCUCUUUUCCAGCUUCUCUGAUCAUCAUGAUGAAGAUUAGACACAAAAACAAAAAACCAGGUAAAGGUUCCAAAGGCUGUAAGAAGCCUGCAAGGCAAAAUGGGAAGAAAGUAACCUCCAGACCAUCAUCAUCUGCUCCCCAGAUUGUUCAUGGCAAUGACCAUGCCAGUCGUGAGGCUGAAUUAAAGAAGAAAAGGGUGAGCCUUUUGUCUUUGGUGAAUGAUAGCCUGGUUAUUCUCUCUUUUUUUCUUUUUCAGGAGGAAGUUUUGCAGGAAUUAAAUAUGUUUCCUCAGUUGGAUGAUGAGGCCACAAGGAAGGCCUAUUACAAGGAAUUCCGGAAGGUGGUAGAGUACUCUGAUGUGAUUCUGGAAGUCCUAGAUGCCAGAGACCCAUUGGGCUGCCGCUGUUUCCAGAUGGAGGAGACUGUCCUUCAGGCAGAAGGCAACAAGAAGCUGGUCUUGGUCUUAAAUAAGAUAGACCUGGUUCCCAAGGAGAUUGUGGAAAAGUGGCUGGAAUACCUUCGCAAUGAACUGCCAACUGUGGCUUUCAAGGCCAGCACCCAGCAUCAUCAGGUCAAAAACUUGACUCGCUGUAAAGUUCCAGUGGACCAGGCCUCUGAGUCGCUGUUGAAAAGCAAAGCUUGCUUUGGAGCUGAAAACCUCAUGAGGGUCCUGGGGAAUUAUUGCCGCCUGGGGGAAGUGCGUGGCCACAUUCGUGUGGGUGUUGUAGGCCUUCCCAAUGUGGGGAAGAGCAGUCUGAUCAAUAGCCUGAAGCGCAGCCGUGCGUGUAGUGUGGGAGCUGUUCCUGGUGUCACAAAAUUCAUGCAGGAGGUCUACCUAGACAAGUUUAUCAGGCUGCUAGAUGCACCAGGCAUUGUCCCAGGACCCAAUUCAGAGGUGGGCACCAUCCUGCGUAAUUGCAUCCAUGUGCAGAAGCUGGCAGACCCGGUGACCCCGGUGGAGACCAUCCUUCAGCGCUGCAACCUGGAGGAGAUUUCCAACUAUUAUGGUGUAUCAGGAUUCCAGACGACCGAGCACUUUCUGACUGCAGUGGCCCAACGCUUGGGAAAGAAGAAGAAGGGAGGUGUAUAUAGUCAAGAACAGGCUGCCAAAGCUGUCCUGGCUGACUGGGUGAGUGGGAAGAUCAGCUUCUAUACACCACCACCGCCCACUCACACUCUGCCCGCCCAUCUCAGUGCUGAGAUUGUUAAGGAGAUGACUGAGGUCUUUGACAUAGAAGAUACUGAACACGCCAAUGAAGACACCAUGGAAUGCUUAGCCGUGGGAGAAUCUGAUGAGCUGUUGGGUGACAUGGACCCAAAAGAAAUGGAGAUCCGGUGGCUCCAUUCUCCACUGGUGAAAAUAGCAGAUGCCAUUGAAAAUAGGAGCACCGUGUAUAAGAUUGGAAAUUUCACUGGCUAUUGUACCAAACCAAGCCGUAAUCAGAUGGGGUGGCCUAAACGCAAUGUGGACCACCAUUGCCCCCAAAAUAACCAUGUAGUAGAGGUCAGUUCUGUGGACCGCCGCCCGAUGUUGCAGAGGAUCCUAGAGACAGACCCACUUCAACAAGGCCAGGCUCUGGCAUCUGCCUUGAAGAAUAAGAAAAAAAUGCAGAAGCGUUCAGAUAAAAUCGCCACUAAGUUGUCUGACUCCAUGAUGUCCAUGCUUGACCUCUCUGGCAACUCCGAUGACUGUGCUGGUGACUGAGCAGCUGACCUUCUCCUCAUACUGCAAGUACUGCUUCCUGUGGGAUGGGAGAAUCCAGAUGCUUUUCCAUUCUCCCUGAUGUACUUACAUAGUAGAACACCUCCAUAUCAUGUAUCUCCUGCUGCAGUGCCCUCCAUUCUUAUCAAAGGUCUGGAGCUGCCAAACCCCAGUACCCUCUACUUAAUCCUUUCUGUCUUUGAAAAUGACCUUGUGUUUGUUUUUGUGGUGCCAGGAAUUGAACCUAAUAGGUCCUCACACAUGUUAGACAACUAACCAUUCUAUUACCAAGCUGUAAUAUUAUCAUCAUCACCAUCCAUCAUUAUCAUUGGGGGAGUCUGUUUACUCAGCCUCCCAAGUAUUGGGAUUACAGGUUUUUGCCACCAUUCCCAGCUCCCACUGUGUUUUACAAGGUAAAUAAAAUCAGCAGACUCUUGGCAUGGUGGCAACAUACCUAUAACCCUGACAGUCACUUAGGAGAUUGGAGCUAGGAGGACUGUAAGUUAUGGGCUAGCCUGAACUAUCUGGCAAGACCCUUUCUCAACAAAACAUCCCAAAACAAAUAAGCAGAGUCCAACUGGGCACAUACCUUUAAUCCUAGCACUCUGGAGGCACAGGCAGGUGAAUCUCAUGAGUUUCAGGCCAGCCUGGUCUACUGAGCAAGUUCCAGGACAGCCAGGGCUGCAUAGAGAAACAUAGUCUUGAAAAGCAAACAAUAAAACAACAAAAAGAAUUUGUAAUUAUUAUAAAAGCAAAUAAGCAGAGUCCAAGUGCUGGCAGUGUACCUUGCACUCUAAAUUCUGGUGUCCUACCCUGUGAGUUAGGCUGAUAAGUGUUAACCUCUUGGACAGGUAAAUGUUCUAAAGGUUAGACUGCUGAGAAACCUGGUGGCAGUGGCGGGGGAGGUGGCAGUUGUCCCUUGAUGGGUGAUCUUUUUUCGUUUUUUAUCACCCUACAAGAUCUCAGUGCCAAGGCUCUUGCCUAUCUAUUUUCCGAAUCAAUAGGUGGGUCCUCAUCUGGGUGGCAUAGGAGUAGAGAAGGACAGUGGUGCGUCUUCUGUCUGCGGAAGUGUCUGGGGAUAGGGUAGAGGAUGAAGAUUUUAGAAGGGGUAUACCUAUCAUAGUAAGUUGGAAAGCCAUUGGCUGCAGGAUGUUCAGGAAAUGUAGAUGGUACCUGUUUUCUGGAGGGUUGGGGCUGAGCACAAACUCUACUAAACUCUGAGAAUCGGUUACCACCUUUAACUUUUUUUUUUUUUUUUGGUUUUUUGAGACAGGGUUCCUCUGGAGUAGCCCUGGCUGUCCUGGAACUCACUCUGUAGACCAGGCUGUCCUCGAACUCAGAAAUCCACCUGCCUCUGCCUCCCAAGUGCUGGGAUUAAAGGCGUGCACCACCACCGCCUGGCCACUUUUAACUUUCAAUAUAUCCAUAUCAGGUAGGGGUAAGGCUCAGAAAGCUGACAGAAUGUGCUCUUGUCAACACGAAGUGGUGGUGUGCUAGGUUUAUAACUUGAGUCUAAUUCAAAUCUUAUGCUAGCCUUUUGGUUUGCAUUAUUUUGCCUUCUCAACAAAGGAGCACCACUCUGUGGUGUUUUCUGUUGUCAUAUAUUUAAAAUAUAUUUUCUCUACUCUGUUUUUAAAAAAUGGUAGUAUUUUAUGAAAAACUAUGCUUUCUAAAUCUCUUUAAAUGAUGUCCAACUUAAUUCACUGAUCUCAUUUUAAGUUUUGCAAGACAAUAGUGUAUUAGAAAUAAAAGCAUCUAGAUUAUUGGGAACAUAAUCAUGCCAAAAUGAAAUAGAACUAAAACCAGGUGGGUGGCUCACACCAAUAGUACUCCAAGUACUAAGACUGCUGAAGCAGGAAGAUGGCUGUGAAGCUGAGGCCAGCCUGGACUGCAGAGUAAGAGGCAGUCUCAGAGCAAAAUGAAAUUAUGUGAGACUCUAGAUAUUCUAACUCUAAUGUAUCUCAAGGUGGGUGGAGGGGGGCGUAGCAUGUGAUGCACAGAGAGAGGGUUUCCCUUCUGGAGCAAUGGCUCCACAGUUAAGAGCAUCAGCUGCCCUCCCAAAGGGACUGAGAGAGGGUUUCCUCCAUGUAACCCAGUGUGGUCCUGAACUUUUUAGCCCCCCUGAUUAGCUUCCCAAGUGUUGGGAUUGCAGCUGUUUCUUAUCAUGCCUGGCUAUUUGUUCUUAAGACAAUUUCUUGGGUCUUUACUCUCCACUUAAAAAUCAUUUUUAUAUAAUAAAUCUCAUCCUUCAUGAUUUUAAGUUCUGUAAGUUUGGACACCUUUUAACAGGGUGGUCUGCCAUUAUAAUCAAGAGAGAGAAUUUUUGUGGCAUUUUCCCCAAGCUUACUUCGUCCUCUUGUAGUAUAGUCCUGCCCCCAUCCUCAGACCCUAGCAGGCACAGACCUUUUUCCUGUUCCUUAGUAUGAAUGUCGUAAGUCACACGGGCUUAUUUUAUGGCAUUAAGCUUUUAGCUUUUUCCUUUUAAAUCUUACAUUCAAGUUAGAUGCAGUUGUGUAAGCUCUGAUAAGUGGAUAAAGUAAUCAAUCAUUAACAUAGGACAGAAGAGUUCUAUUAGCUUCCCCUCCACCGUUCCUGCUAUAGUUAAAUCUUGUUCUCUCCCUGACAGUCAUUGACUUGUGCUUUCACUUUAUGGCUUGUCUUUUGAAAAAAAGUUGUAAGUGGAAUUUAAUAGUAUGUAACUUUUGAGAAUAAUGUGUUAUGAAUUAUAGAUUUGAGAUCCAUAUCACUGGAUGUAUCAAUAGUUUUGAUUUGUGUUUCAUAUGCUAUUGUGUGGAUAUCUUACUGCUUAUUCAACCCCAAGUUGGAUGACAUUCUUUACAGUUGAGGAGGAAGUUAUAAAUAAAGCUGCUAAAAAUCCU